CCGGCGGGCAAGAACAGCGUCCUGCUGCGCUGGGAGGAGCCCAGGAACCCCAACGGGCUCAUCCUCAAGUACGAGAUCAAGUACAGCCGAGAGAGCGAGGAGGUCACCACCGUCGUCUGCGUCUCCCGUCACCGCUACUCCAAGUACAGGGGGGGCCACCUGGCUCUGCUCCAACCAGGCAACUACUCGGCCAAGGUCCGGGCCACCUCGUUGGCCGGCAAUGGCUCCUGGACGGGGCUGGUCAAGUUUUACAUCUUGGGGCCAGCCGAGGAGGAAUCCGGCAGCUUCUACGUCCUGCUCACCGUCACGCCCGUGGUCCUCAUGGUGCUCAUCUCCUGCCUCGCCGUCUUCGUCUUCUUCUACAACAAGAAGAGGAGCAACGACGGGUACCCCAGCGGGACGCUCUACGCCUCGGUCAACCCUGAGUACUUCAGUGCCUCGGACAUGUACGUGGCUGACGAGUGGGAGGUGUCGCGGGAAAAGAUCACGGUGAUCCGGGAGCUGGGGCAGGGCUCCUUUGGGAUGGUGUACGAGGGGCUGGCGGUGGACUUGGUGGCAGAGGGCGAGGAGACCAAGGUGGCCUUGAAGACAGUCAACGAGUUGGCCACCAUGCGGGAACGCAUCGAGUUCCUCAACGAGGCCUCUGUCAUGAAAGCCUUCAAGUGCCACCACGUG